AUGCGCAACUCACCGUCGUUUCUCGGGUACACAGCACUCGGUGCCGAGACCACGGCCGCACGCGCCGACCUGCGCGAGCAGUACGACUUUGGUUUCUUUGGCAGCCGACCAGGCGCCGCUCUCGGGACCAUGCCACCCGCCCCGACCGAGGAUGACCCGGCUUGGCGGUCGUUGGAGGGACCCAGCCAGUAUCCCGCGCUGCCCGGAUUCCAGAGAGCCGUCGAGACGUACAUGGCCGCCCUGGACGGCGUGUCCCGCGUCUUCCUGGGCUUCGUUGCCGAGUCGCUUUCCCUCCCCACCGACGCUUUUGACGAUUUCUUGGGCAACAUGCACCGCCUCAAGCUCGUCAAGUACCCACCCACACCCGCCGGCCAGCCGGGUCAGGGCGUCGGCCCGCACAAGGACUCGACCGGCCUGUUCACGUUCCUGUCACAAGACAACGUCGGUGGCCUCGAGGUGCUCAGCAAGGACGGCGAGUGGAUCGCUGCGCCACCCAUUGCGGGCAGUCUAGUCGUCAACGUCCAGCAAGGCUUCGAGGCCAUUACGGGCGGCGUGUGCCCAGCCACGACACACCGCGUGGUCUCCCCGCAAGGCACCACGGUGCGCUACAGCGUGCCCUUUUUCCAGGGCGUGCGCCUCGACCUGACGACAGACGACCUGCGUUCGUCCGCUGCCCACAUUGUGGCCCGCAUCCCUGUGACGGACGACCGAAAGAAGCGCGCCGUCGACGUCCCGAGCGAGUUUCUGUCGCCGCUCUUUUCCUGCUUCGGCGAGGCCCAGCUACGCAACCGCGUCAUCAGCCAUCCCGACGUCGGCCAGCGGUGGUAUCCGGAACUCUACGACAAGUUUGUCAAGCAGGGCCUGCCAUCGUAG